CGCGACGUCGCCGCAUAAUAGACAACUAGUUUCCACGAGCUUUAGCAUCGAACCAUAAGCUGUACAGAAAACAGUGCUACAAUGUUCCGUCUUCAUUUCGGCUUCCUUCUUCUCGCCGUUCUGGCGGUGUUCGCUGCUGGUUCAAUACAAGAGCAGUGCGACGAGAACGAAGAGUUCACUUCCUGCGGAAUAGCUUGUCCACCCACCUGCGGUAAACCCGAGCCGCGUUCCUGCACUAAAAACUGCGUAAUCGGCUGCCAGUGUAAGGCGGGAUAUCUGAGGAACUCUGCUGGAGCUUGUGUCACCUCGCAAGAAUGUUAGAGUUAUUGUCAGCUGUCUACCUAACUUGUCGAUGAUCUGUCCAGCCAUAGUGAUUCUUCGAGCUCUCUGCACGAUCUCUCCUUCAAAGUGUAAUACCGCGACAUGUGAAUAAAUAAAAAUAAAUAAUUUUAAUGCGUUUUAA